AUGUCGAACUCGGCCUGGUUGUCUGAUGCUACUGCGAGUUGCAGCUCCCACUCAUUUGGUCCUGCUAGCUGCGAUGGCAGCUUCGAUUUCACCUUACUGUUUGAACAAACAAUUUUGUCAAUCGCUCCUUCCGUCAUAUUUUUGUGCUGUUUACCCGUGAGCUUAUUCAAAUUACAUCGAGCGGCGCCGAAGUUUAACGCGUCUUACAUCCGAAUAUUGAAGCUCAUCAUUGCAUCUCUUCUUGUGGCUACGCAGAUAUGCCUGUUGGUACUCUGGGCGACUCGGGCCGCUUCAAAAACCUCGGCGACACUACCUGCCGUAUGUCUUGGACUCGUUGUAUCUCUGGCCGUGGCCGACCUCUCAUCACGGUCGCAUGUGCGAUCACUCCGGCCAUCUUCACUAUUGAGCGUUUACCUACUGUUCUCUUGUUUGUUUGAUGCGGCUCAAGUACGCACGCUAUUCACGAGUUAUGCCGACCGAGUCAUCCCAAGCCUGUUGUCCGUGUCAAUCGCUCUGAGACUAAUGUUGUUGACGAUUGAGUGCCGGAACAAGAGACCUUGGCUAUAUUCUCAAUACAGGACUCUACCUCCAGAGGCCACCGCUGGAGUUGUGAGCAGGAGUAUAUUAUGGUGGCUUAAUCCACUGUUCCUGAAUGGUAUGCGAACUCUGUUCAGUCAGAAUCAGUUGUAUGCUAUCGACCCGGAUCUAGAGUCUCGGAAAAUCGGCCAUGAACUGGAGCGCAUCUUCGAGAAAGAGUGUCACAGGUCUCAAAAGAACAGCAACUCGUCAUCUGCUCCUUCUUCAAUCUGGAGCCUGCCCAGAGCUUGUCUACGCUGUUUGUGGACCAGUAUCGCGGCCAUGAUUCCGACUAGACUAGCUUUGGUUGGAUUUACGUAUGGUCAAACCUUUCUGUUUACUCGCGCGAUCGACUAUCUCGGUCAGCAAAGGGACGCUAGCGACAGAAAUACUGGUUAUGGAGUCAUCGCUGCGACUUUCAUCAUUUACGUUGGCAUAGCUGUAUCCACUGCACUUUACCAACAGCAGAUAUCCCGGAUCAUGACCAAACUGAGAGGUGCUCUGAUAUCGAUGAUUUACAGUCGAAUUCUCGUUAUCUCUGAUGGUGCUAGCAGGGAUGGUGCUGCACUGACUUUGAUAUCUAGUGAUGUUGAUAUCAUCAUAAGAGUUCUUGGAGAACUCAAUGAGUCCUGGGCUAGGUUGAUUGAAGUUGCGGUCGGUAUCGGGCUUUUGUCCCGACAAGUCGGCGCGGUAUGCGUCGUUCCCAUAAUCCUCACAGUCGCCUCUACUCAGGCACAGGGCUGGGUGUCCAAGCGUAUUGGAUCAAGACGAAGAGACUGGAAUACCGCGACUCAAAAGCGGGUCAACACUACGGCUGCGGUGCUUAGCUCCAUUCAGUCGGUCAAAAUGUCAGGCCUGAUGAAUCAAGCUUCGGCAUUACUUCAUUCGAUGAGACUGAGCGAGUUGAAGAUGCUCGCUUUGCUAUCUCGAUUCAUCAUUGGGCUGAACGCAAUUGCCGUGGUACCAUCCAUAUGGUCACCUGUGUUGACAUUUGUAGUCUACGCCAUCAAAGCACGCAUUGACGGCUCAGCUGGGCUGGACAUAUCGCAAGCCUUUACCUCGAUGGCUCUCCUGAACCUGGUCACCACUCCGACUGCAAAACUGCUCACAAUUAUGCCAUUGUGGGCCCAAGCGCUGGGAUGCUUCGAACGAUUGCAAAAAUAUUUCGAGCUCCCCAUUUACGACCCUCGAUCCUUGUCAAGCGCCUCGAACAAUGACGUUUGUGACACAGGCAUAGAGAUGACACCACUUCAGCCGCCAGGUGUACGGGAAAAUACUGUUACAUGUGCUAAUGUGGAUGUGGCAUUGUCGACUGAAGGGCCAGCAAUCCUGAGGGAUAUUACCUUCGAGGCAAAAUCAGGAUCUCUGACCGUCAUCACAGGUCCAACUGGAUCUGGCAAGACAACUCUGUUGAAGACCCUCCUCGGCGAAACCCAUCUCCUCAAAGGCCAGAUGUCUGUCUCAUCAAAAAGUACAUCUUACUGCGGUCAGAUACCUUGGAUGACAAACACGACCAUCAAGGAGUUCAUUGCUGGCCCAAAAUUCCCGAACAUCGAUUCCUGGUACAAUCUGGUGGUCUAUGCUUGUGAUCUUGCCAAGGAUAUCGCAGGUAUGCCAGACGGAGAUGACACCCGACUCGGCAGCAAAGGUUUUUCACUAUCUGGAGGGCAAAGGGCCAGACUUGCACUUGCUCGAGCUGUGUACGCACGGAGAGACACCAUACUUCUUGACGAUGUGUUCAGUGCGCUCGAUGCGAAUACCGAGGAAGCCAUCAACAGCCGUCUACUUGGUCGGCGUGGCUUACUCCGAGAGCUAGGGACCACGGUCAUCUUGGUCACUCAUUCAAAAAAAGCCACAGCCGCUGCUGACCACGUCUUGACGCUCUCACAAGAUGGCCGUGUCGCAUAUCAUGGGAGCCCAAGCCAACUACCUGAGACCGAGUUGUACGGCCUGCCAGAAGAACCUCGUAUCGACCACGCGGGCGCAGACCUUGUGUCAAAGCCAAAAACCAAAGCACCCAAAGGCACAUCCGCGGAAGACAAAGCAGAUCUGGCGAGAAGGACCGGAGACUGGUCGAUCUACAAGUUCUACUUCGGCAACUUUCAGAAGAGAUAUCUGGCCAUGUUCGUAGUCUGUUCUGUCGGCGCCGCUUUCAGCUCGAGGUUUUCUCAAAUCCUGUUGAAGUGGUGGACAGCGGACGAAGGCUCGAAUCCGAGCAUGUAUCUCUCGAUUUAUGCUCUGCUCGCUCUGGCUCAAACUUGCUUCAGCAAUUCCAACAUGUGGGUCGUCUUUUUGAAGAUGAUACCUGAUUCUGCAAUCAACAUGCACCGCACUCUUUUGGCGACAGUCGCAGGAGCUGCUUCAUCGGUAUUCUAUCAGACCGACGGUGGCGCUAUCCUGAACAGAUUCGCCCAGGACAUGUACUUGGUGGUUGGAGCGUUGCCUACCUCACUCAUCGCGACUGGAAAUACAUUUUGCGAGACAAUAGCUUCUUUGGCAAUGAUCUCGACCGGAGCAAGUUACAUGGGUAUCACGAUACCGUUCGUCAUAAUUGCGAUAUUCUUGAUACAAAAAGUAUAUCUCCAUACGUCGCGUCAACUGCGGCUGAUUGAAAUCGAGGCUCGAAGUCCGAUUUAUUCCCACUUCCUUGAGACACUCGAUGGCGUGGUCACGAUUCGUGCUUUCGGAUGGGAGGAAGAUGCUAAAGAGGCACACCUCAAACUGCUUGAUGUCGCCCAGUCUCCAUACUAUUUGCUGUCUUGCAUUCAGAGGUGGUUGAAGUUGGUCUUGGAUCUCAUUGUGGCGGCUCUUGCAGUCAUCGUUGUCGCUCUGGCAGCUUCUCAACGAGGCACGACUUCAGCAGGCUUACUUGGUGUGGCUUUGACCAACGUACUUGGAUUCAGUCAAUCGCUCACUCGUCUCGUCACCGAGUGGACAACUCUUGAGACAUCAUUGGGCGCUAUCUCACGUGUCCGCUCUUUCGCCGCAGACACGGAGCAAGAGAGUUUGCUUGAUAACACCAUGACUUCUACAGAUAUCGCGACCCAUGGAAAGGUCGUAUUCUCAGGAGCCUAUGCAAAGUAUACGGACGAACAUGGUUCUUACGAUCUCGACGACAUCAACUUUACAAUCCCACCCGGUACAAAGGUGGCGAUCUGCGGUCGCACAGGCAGUGGAAAGUCAAGUUUAAUGCUUGCACUCUUCCGUCUCCUCCCGCUCCGUCACGGUAGCAUCAGCGUAGAUGGAAUCGAUCUCAAGACAGUCGAUCCAGACCUCGUUCGUCGCAGUAUAAUCGCCAUUCCACAGCAACCUUUCCUCUUACCUGGCACAACAAGACAGAACUUGGAUCCCGAAAGCCAGUUCAGCGACACAGAUCUAAACUCUGCAUUAACCAAAGUUCGUCUUUUAGAUCUCGUCAAUGAACGUGGUGGAUUAGAUGCAGAAAUUGAUCAACAAACACUCAGUCAGGGCCAAGCACAAUUACUGUGUUUAGCCAGAGCUCUUUUGCGAAAGAGUAGACUAGUGGUCCUUGACGAAGCUACCAGCAGCCUUGACUCUAAUACUGACAGUCUUAUCCGUGAGGUUCUGCAUACCGAGUUUGCGGAUCGCACUGUUAUUUCGAUUGCACAUAGGGUGACGACGAUUAUCGAGUCAGAUAUGGUCAUCAUCAUGGAUGGCGGGCGCGUCUCUGCUAUUGGAGCACCGAGCGAACUCAGAACAUCAAACGGACACUUCAGGGAGCUCUGUGGAAUCUUGCAAAUGUGA